CACGGUUUCCCACAGAAAUACUCUGUUCUUUUGUGCUCUCAUUUCCCAGCCCUUCAGAGGAGAUUUGCAUCCCCAGAGAAAUCUCACGCAGCCUCAGAGACAGCCUCAGCUUCUACACUGGAGCCUAAAUAUACUGGUCCUGGACUGCCCCGCUGCUUUCCUGCUUGUUCUCCCACUGAAUCCAAACGCUGGCCUGCAAUAAGAAAUCCUGCUUAGCCCGGAUAAACGUUUUGUUCAAGUGCUGUGCAGUAUCACGUACAGCGUGCGCUGCCUCGCCGAUUGCACAGGAGCUGUGGGUCACACCUGCGUUAUCUUGUGCACCUUCUGGAAAAAGAAAAUGACUGAGUCACACAGUUGCCUGUCUGAUAGUUGCCAAAGGCUGGAUCCUGUGAGCACUGAAGCAAAGGUCAGGGUUGGAUUUCUCUCUUCACAACAGCGAUACUCUAAGGAAAAAAUUGAAUGUGCCCAAACAGACUUGGAGCUGGUCCCUCCCUGUGGCUGACUCUUUCAGGACCACCCUGAGACCUUGGAUCGCUUUGAAAAGUUCAAAGGCCUGAAGACCCCUGAUCAGAUGAAGGGCUCUGAAGAUCUGAAGAAACAUGGAGUUACCGUCCUUACCCAACUGGGAAAAAUCUUGAAGCAGAAGGGUAAUCAUGAGUCAGAGUUGAAGCCCCUGGCUCAAACCCAUGCGACCAAGCACAAGAUCCCUGUCAAAUAUCUGGAGUUCAUUUCUGAAGUCAUUAUCAAGGUCAUUGCCGAAAAACACUCUGCAGACUUCGGGGCUGAUUCCCAGGCUGCGAUGAAGAAGGCCCUGGAGCUGUUCCGAAAUGAUAUGGCCAGCAAGUACAAGGAGUUCGGAUUCCAGGGUUAGCACAUACGCACAGAGGAACACCACGAUGGAGGCCUGGCCAUGCAUCUUAGAGUAGCUUCCCCAGCACUGUUUUGGACAUCUCACAAUUGGCCAUCCAAGAUGUGUGGGAAAGCUUUGAUGAGAGGCCAAGAGUCACUCCAGGCAGCGUAGAGGCACUCAGAGUGAUAUCCAUGAUAAACCGCUGUUUCCUGUCUUCAUGUAUACAAGAGAAAUAAUUUGCUUUCUUAGGAAAAAAUAAUGUAAGGGGUUAUCUGUGAGCUUCUGCCUAUCCUACCCCCUUUUUCUUUCUCCCUCCCUGAAACCCAGUCUCAUCGGAGAAGCGAAUGGCAUGGCCAGAGAAGAAGGGAUGUGGAGGAACAAGGGGAGUGUUGAGGAGCGCGGUGAAUGAGAGAGUGAAGGGACGACUCAACUGGUGUGAGAGGGAUGUCAGUAUGGGAAGCAGGGGCACAGCGUCCCACUCUCCCACAGGUGAGACCGUUAGCAGGUUACUGUGAAGAGCUUCCAGCACAGUAUUACCUUGCUUUGUGGGGGUGAACGCAGCCAGUCAGUCUCCAGGGUCUGCCAGCUCGGAAACUUGCAUUAGUUGCCAAACUCACAUUAGCAAAACCAUGGAGAGCAGUACUCGCUGCGAUCUGUAGGUUUCUGGUAGCCGCCGCUACGCAUCUGAAGUUCUGUUGCACUGGGAAGUAAAGUAUGUGUUUCUCAGAAAAUAAAAGUUCCUGCACCAGU